AUGCCACCCCGUCUCAAUUUGUUCACAGCGAGAGCAACUGUCCCAGUUUUGCGCCAAUCCUCGACGCCAUCUGGUUCAACCGUGUGCCGGCGCAGCAUCAUCACAGCUCUCAACAUCAAGAAGCCGUCCACCAAUGGCUUGAAAUGUAGCCUCUCGUCUUCGACGACAGCGCAAAGACGAUGUAAUUCUUCGGGGUCUGAUAAGAAAGAUGACCCAGACAGACCCAAAGGCCCAACCGAGGAUACUUUGCCUCAUGUGAGCCAGGAGGCCGCGGAGAUGGCAAGGAUUCUGGAUAAGAAGUGUGAUGGUACUGCUGCCAGCCCAGAGUUGGAGCAGGGUACCCCUGUUUCGGAGAUUCUCCAACGUGAUAAAGAAGCGCAGAAGCAUGCCCCUAAGGUCAUGCAAGAUCAAUUGAAGGGAUCCACUGGAUCUCGUUCAUUCUCAACAUCCGCGAGACACAACCAGCCGGAAACCCAAAACGAAGGAUUCGAUGACCAGACGGCCGCCGUGGUGGCCAACAUGAUCUCCCAGGUUACUGAACAGGCGCAAGAAUUGCAUGAAGGCCUCAAGUUUCCGCUCCCGGCGCCGAUUCCCAAGACAGAGAACUUCCGUAAAAGAUACGAUGCAGUGCUCGAUCAGUUCACCAAAUUGCUUAUGCAGGAUGGUAAAUUAAGCAAGGCUCAAAAGAAUAUGGAUUAUAUUUUAGAUUACCUUCGUACCGCUCCUCCACCGCAAUUCAACUCUAGACGCCCUCUGCUUCCCUGCCCUCCGGCCCCUCAGCUCCCCUUGAACCCCGUGUUAUACCUCACUUUGAUUGUGGAUUCGGUCGCUCCUCUAGUCAAAAUUCGUCAACAAAAAGGUAUAGCCGGUGGCGGUGCCUCUGUUCAGAUCCCCGUCCCCUUGGGCCUUAGACAGCGCCGAAGGGCCGCGAUGAAGUGGAUUAUCGAUGCGUCGGAUAAGCGACGGGACACCAAAUUUUGGCAGAGAGUAGCCAACGAGCUGGUCUCUGUUGCCGAGGGCCGCAGUGGUGUAUGGGAAAGGAGAGAACAUGUGCAUAAACUCGGUGUUGCCGGCCGUUCGAACCUUUUGGUUUCGAGCAAUCGCCGACUAGCAGGAGUGCCUACGAAGAUACGAAAGCUCGCUUCCUCGUGCCACAAGCGAUCUUAUGUCCUGUGCCAUCCUUCUUCUUGCUUCACUCUUAAUUAUUCUCCGUCGAUCACCGUGUCGUCGAAUGCUGUGGGACGAAACGUGGCUCGCUUCGCUUCUGCGACGAGUGCCUCUUCCAACGUCGACUUAACCUCUCCUCUCCACCCUGCUGGCCAGAGCAUUGAACUCGUCGAAUAUCCUCCCCGAUCCGCCCCUGCCGCAAACCCCCACCAGUCGCAUAUUGAGCCGUCCGACUCUCGAGCAAUUGGACCCAAUUCGACAUCUAUCACCGAAAGCAAGGAACGUCUUGGCCAAGAAAGAGGCGGUGACCAAUAUCGGCCCCAUUCCCUUUCGAGACCAUUCAGACUUGAAUACUGGGUGCAAGCUCUUCACUACCGCGCACGUUUCCUGGAAAAUCGUGGAGCCGGGCCCAAGAUGAAGUUCUCACACAGCAUCCAGUUCAAUGCUGUCCCGGAGUGGAGCUCUUAUUACAUUGCGUACAGCAAUCUAAAGAAAUUCGGGAGUGUGACGGUGCACCCGGAGCCACAUGCCCCAUUUCGUGGGUCGCUAAUUCGUGGGAUAUAUGGAAUGCUUACAGUUCGACCCGGAUUUAGGAUAUAUUCUCUGGAACAACAAGUGCACCAAGCAGCUGGACAAGCCCACCCCGACGUUGAGUCCGCUCCUUUGCUGGAUAAUACACCGAACCCAGAUUUAAUAUUUCGACGAGCCCUAGACGGGGAAUUGGAGAAAAUAUGUGGGUUUUACGGGGAUAAGGAGGCUGAAAUCCUCGCCGAAGUGGAAGGCGUCGCUCGGGACGCAGAAGAAUAUGCCUCAGAGACUGAAGGCGUGAGCUUGGAUCCGAUGAGCGAGAACAUGACAAAGACUCGGACAUGGAGUUCGGGAUCGAGAUCGCGGGCAGAUACUACUUUUCCUGAUCUUUCUAUCAACAAUGACCGUCGUCGUAGCGCGGUUAGUGAGUCUGUGGCUGAAGAGGAUGAAGACGAUGCCGAUAGUGACGACGAUCAUGCAUUGGCUCAUUACGAAAGACCACAGUUGCAUGGUGUAGACUCUACUGAUCCUGAUGGUACUCGCACAGAUAGGAGACGCUCAUCCUAUCUAGGGGAUUCAACUGUCCCGGAAUAUGAUCGCCGCGCUAGCACUCGACUGGGAUCUCAAGUCGAGCACUUCAGAGACCCGAGGAUUUUGGAUCUGUACAAUGCCGGGCUCUCCUUGAAGAAACGAAUAGUGGAUACUUACGUUUCCAUAUGUGGGCUCAAGUCAUACAUUCAACUGAACAAGACGGGCUUCUCCAAAGCCCUGAAGAAAUAUGACAAGAUUCUUGAUCGCAAUCUACGGCGAGAAUACAUGAGCACCACGGUAUCUAUAGCCUAUCCCUUCACCGACGCCACAAUGCAAAAGGUGGAUAAUGAUAUCCACAAGAUCGAGGGUGUCUAUGCGGAUGUGGUUACGGCGAAGAAUCUGCCACUCGCCAAACGCGAGCUUCGAUUACACCUGCGAGAGCAUGUAGUCUGGGAGAGAAAUACCGUGUGGAGAGAGAUGAUCGGAAUUGAAAGAAAAGCCCAGGCUGCAAAUGUCGGCAUUCGCAGGACUCUACUCGGAGGAGACGAGGAUCCUGCGGCGGCACGCCGGCAGGGUGAUGAGCAAGAAGCUCCAACCAAGGAAAUCAAGACUCCUCUGGGAGUGUUUCAUCCCCCUGAUUGGCUAUGUAGCCUGAGCUUUGGAACCCUUGUUUUCAUCUUGUGUGUGUUUGUGGCGUUGCUCUCUAUUCCAAUCAUGGAGAAGCCAGAGCAGCAAAAUUGUCUGGCCAUGCUGGUUUUCGUCAGCCUGUUGUGGGCUACAGAGGUCAUUCCUCUUUUUGUGACCUCUCUCCUGGUCCCGUUCCUCGUGGUUUUGUUGCGCAUCAUGAAGUCGGAGAAGAAACCAUAUGAACGACUAGGGCCAAAAGAAGCAACAGGCGUAGCCUUUAGUGCUAUGUGGACCCCAGUGAUUAUGCUAUUACUAGGGGGCUUCACUAUAGCCGCAGCGCUGUCCAAGUAUGAUAUUGCUCGCCGGAUGGCGAUGCUUGUCCUGAGUAAAGCCGGCUCCAACCCUCGCGUUGUGCUUCUCACGAACAUGUUUGUGAGCAUGUUCUUAAGUAUGUGGAUCAGCAAUGUGGCGUCUCCUGUCCUCUGCUAUUCAAUUAUCCAGCCUCUCCUUCGUACCCUUCCACCAGACUCAAGCUUUGCCAAAUCUCUUGUUCUAGGCAUUGCUCUUGCUGCAAAUGUCGGAGGUGCUGCAUCACCAAUUGCUUCGCCCCAGAACAUCAUUGCACUCCAGAAUAUGUACCCCAGUAUCAGCUGGGGUACAUGGUUCUUUGUGUCACUACCUGUCUGCAUCAUCUGCAUUCUGUUGAUCUGGGCCCUUUUACUGGCCACCUUCCAUCCGAGCCGUGACACCACCCUUGUUCCGAUUCGGCCUGUAAAGGACAAAUUCUCUGGAGUCCAGUGGUUUAUCAGCAUUGUCACACUGUCCACCAUCGCACUGUGGUGUGGCAGUCAUCAGCUAGAGCAUGUAUUUGGUGAUAUGGGAGUGAUCGCCAUCCUUCCCAUGGUUCUUUUCUUCGGAACCGGCAUUCUCAACAAGGAGGAUUUCAACAACUUCUUAUGGACCAUCAUCAUCCUCGCCGCCGGUGGACUUUGUCUCGGUAAAGCCGUAACAUCAUCCGGCCUUUUGCAUACCAUCGCCAACAGCAUCCGCAUCCGAGUAGAGCACCUCAGUCUCUACGGCGUGUUGAUCGUAUUUUCGAGCCUGAUUCUUGUAGUGGCCACAUUCAUCUCCCACACCGUGGCAGCUCUGAUCAUGCUUCCCCUUGUCCGACAGAUCGGCCUCAGCAUGGACGACCCGCAUCCCAAUCUGCUGGUUAUGGCCAGUGCAUUGAUGUGCUCUGUUGCGAUGGGAUUGCCAACCAGCGGAUUUCCCAACAUGACGGCCAUCAUGACCGAAGUCCCUCAAACGGGCCAACGAUACCUCCAAGUCCGCCACUUCUUCUCCCGAGGUAUUCCUGCAAGUUUAAUGGCGUUUGCCGUGGUUGUGACCCUUGGAUACGGAUUGAUGUAUAUAGCUGGACUAUGA